AUGGUGUACACGUACGCGUUCCUCCCACACGCGAGAUGCGUGAGCGUGGGCAUGCUCCCGAACGAGCCCCCGGCUGAGGUGGACCCGGACAUGACAGAAAAGGAGAAAGAGGAGCUCGAUAUGAAGGAAGGGAUGAAGUAUCAGAGGAGGGUCGCGCAUGCUCCCGACUGCAUUAUCCCGGGAAGCGUGGAGGAAGAGAUCAACUCGGAGCUGCAGGAUGAUCGGAGGCUGAAGUCGAGCGUGGUGUCGAGGAUAAUCGGGAGAAUUGAGAAUUGGUAUAGGGAAAACGGGUAUGCUGUGGCUCAGGUUGUGAGGUUUAGCCAGCCGGGAUGGGUCCGGGGAAACGAGAUAGUAUUCGAGGUUGACGAGGGGCAUAUUGGGAACUUGGACAUCAAGUUUGAGGACAGUCUUGGGAAUGCUUGUGAAGGGAAGACCAAUGUUAAGCUCAUCGAGAGAGCCCUGGCUGAGGAGGAGGUUGCUAUCGGCCAACCGUACAACAUGAAGGCGCUCCAAAGGGUGGUGCAAAAUCUGGACUCUCUCAAUAUUUUCUCUCGGAUAGGAAUUACUCCGGAACGUGACGAGACAAAUGGAGGAGCAGUAUCUCUGCAAAUCGUAGUGCAAGAGCCUCACGACUAUCAGUGGUCCGACGUGCAAACAAAGUGGAAUGUAGUUCGCAGACCUCUCAGUCUACCAACAAUAGUGAGAAUCCCGCCCGGUGCAACAAUAUCGUUCGGCAAGCGUAAUAUCAAAGGCUUGAACCGGUCAUUUGAAGGGAACUUGACAUUCAACAAUUUCUUAAAUCCUCAGGAUGACGUUGAUUUCAAAUUCGAGUACACACAUCCAUACCUUGACGGCAUAGAUAAUCCUAGGAACCGCAAAUUUCAGGCAGUUUGCUUCAACUCUAGAAAACUAAGCCCCGUGUUUCGAGGCGGUCCGCACUCGAUUGACAUCCCCAUAUGGGUCGAUAGACAGGGAAUUAAGGCCACAAUAACAGAGGUAAAUUUUAAGCAAACUCCAUGA